AUGGCGCCCCGGCCGCUGCUCCCGCCCCUCGCGGCCUCCAAGGCUCGCAUCACCGGAGCCGCACUCCGAUCAACCAUCGUCAACCCCCCCCCCCCGCCGCCGACGGCUUCUGUCCAGGCGCCUCUGUUGUCACUGCCGCCCCCACCACCUCUGCCCGCGACCGGCCCCCUCCCCCCGCGCAUGUUUGCUCCUGCGGUGAUCACGCCCCCGCCUCCGCCGCCGGCGCCCGUGGAGGUCACGCCAAUGCCGGUUGCCCCCGCUUCACCGACUGGCUCCUCGUCCGCCUCCAGCGAGGACCUGUUGGCGGAGCUGAUGGCAUCAGAGCAGUUCGAGGACCUGUGCUGGCCCUUGCGCGGCAUGGAUCCGAUGGCCGCCGAGUUCGACACUUACUGCACCAAGGUGGUGGCCUCUCCGCUCUCCUUCCCGACGAGCUCGGACGUGGCGCCGGUGUCGGAGAAGCCCGGCCUGGGUUCUGCUGGGACUUUUAGCCCCUCCCCUCUCAGGCUCCCAUCUCCUGCCGGUGGCGGACGCGCUCCUGCAACCAACGACGCGCCCAUCCACGCCUCCACCGACAUGAUCGUCCCCGACCUCGCCGCCCCUGACGAUGUUGCGGCCACCGACGGGGUGAUCCGCGCCCUCUUCGCCGUGCCUCCCUCCUCCCUGCUUGGUGCUUCGCCACCGCCGCGCCCACAGCCAGCCAAGGAGUUGUCCGCGGCUACCCCGCGCCACAGCGCUCAUCAGGCGGGGAAACCUUCCUCCACACCGGUGGCCCAGCGCGCCACGAUCCGCCUCGCCAAGGAGCUCGCCGUGAUUGACGCCGACGACCCGCGCCCCGACACCGCCGCCGCUGCUCUGCUCCAGCGCUUCAAGGAGCCCCUCUCCACUGUCGAUGUGGAUGGCCUCGCCGUUCUUACCAGGAUCGACCGCGACGCGCUCCACCGCGCUGCUGGUCAGGCCUCCACCACCAGUGCCGCCUCGCAGGCGACUUAG